AUGCUAUCAAAAGAAGCAUACAGGGCACUAAUAGAAUGGGAAGCUGUGAGUCCCAGAAUAAUAAGAGCAUCUUUUAGAACAGUAAAACAGAAGGUGAACAUGUCGGUAAUACAGUGUUAUGCACCAACAAAUGAUAAAGAUGCAUCUAUUAAGGAAGAAUUUUACAUGCAAAAGGGCAACUUAAAAAUUUUGAUGGGUGACUUGAAUGCUAAGAUAGGAUCAGACAACACAGGUUAUGAAGAAAUUAUGGGAAGACAUGGUCUAGGAGUAAUGAAUGAAAAUGGAGAAUUGUUCACAAAUUUUUUUGCAGGUAACCAGUAUGUUAUUGGUGGAAGUAUUUUUCCCCAUAAAAGAAUACACAAGGCAACAUGGUAA